GUGGGCCCAACAUUAAACAAAUAAAAUAAAUUUUUUUUAAAAAGAAAAUUCCUCAAAAGUCGGUGCUUAAGAAACCCUAAAAGCAUCUUUGAGAGACAGAGAGCUUCACUGUUAGUCUUCCAAGUCUCCUUUUCCGAUUGGUCCUAACCACUAAGGCUGGUAUUUUUGUUCUAGUCGUGUCUAUCAAAACAUAAAAUGGCAGAUGCUCAAGAAACGGAUAAGAACAUUGAGAUAUGGAAAAUCAAGAAGUUGAUCAAAGCAUUGGAAGCUGCAAGAGGCAAUGGUACCAGCAUGAUUUCUCUUAUUAUGCCUCCCCGUGAUCAAAUAUCUCGGGUCACUAAGAUGUUAGGUGAUGAAUUUGGAACUGCUUCAAACAUCAAAAGUAGGGUGAACCGUCAGUCAGUGUUGGGGGCCAUCACUUCUGCUCAACAGAGGCUAAAGCUUUAUAACAAGGUUCCUCCCAAUGGGCUGGUGCUUUAUACCGGAACAAUUGUUACUGAAGAUGGCAAGGAAAAGAAGGUUACGAUUGACUUUGAGCCUUUUAAGCCUAUAAAUGCAUCACUCUACCUCUGUGACAAUAAGUUUCACACAGAAGCUCUAAAUGAACUUUUAGAAUCUGAUGACAAGUUUGGUUUUAUAGUCAUGGAUGGAAAUGGCACCCUUUUUGGGACAUUGAGUGGAAACACAAGAGAAGUGCUUCAUAAGUUCACAGUCGAUCUACCAAAGAAGCAUGGCAGAGGAGGGCAGUCAGCUCUACGUUUUGCUCGUCUUCGAAUGGAAAAGCGCCACAACUAUGUAAGAAAGACUGCAGAACUUGCCACACAGUUCUUCAUUAAUCCUGCUACGAGUCAGCCUAAUGUUGCUGGACUUAUACUUGCUGGUUCAGCUGACUUCAAGACUGAGCUCAGUCAGUCAGAUAUGUUUGAUCCUCGAUUACAAGCAAAGAUAUUGAAUGUGGUUGAUGUUUCUUAUGGGGGGGAAAAUGGUUUCAAUCAAGCCAUUGAGCUUUCCUCAGAAAUUCUAUCCAAUGUGAAGUUUAUACAAGAGAAACGCUUGAUUGGCAAAUACUUCGAGGAGAUCAGUCAGGAUACUGGUAAAUAUGUCUUUGGUGUUGAUGACACGUUGAAGACUCUAGAAAUGGGUGCUGUGGAAACCCUCAUUGUGUGGGAAAACUUGGAUAUUAACAGGUAUGUGUUGAAAAACAGUACCACAGGUGAGAUUCUUAUAAAGCACCUGAACAAGGAACAAGAGGCUGAUCAGAGCAACUUCCGGGAUUCAGCCACCUCCUCAGAGUUGGAGGUUCAGGAGAAGUUGCCCUUACUUGAAUGGUUUGCGAAUGAGUACAAGCGGUUUGGUUGCACACUUGAAUUUGUCACCAACAAAUCCCAAGAGGGAUCACAAUUUUGCAGAGGGUUUGGUGGGAUCGGGGGUAUACUUCGUUACCAGCUUGACAUAAGAUCCUUUGAUGAGGUAUCUGAUGAUGGAGAAGUAUAUGAGGAUUCCGAUUAAGAGUCAACUGAUUGUGGCAUAGUGCACUUCUCAAAGGCUGUUGUAAAAGUUUGUGCAAGGUAUGAUGUAGUCUUUAUUGCUGCUGCUACUUCAGAGAUUUGAGACUACAAUCUAAGAUUUCACUGCUUCAGGAUUUAUUUUACUGCUCAACCAUUUGAUAUGUAAUGAUACCAAUUUGGCACUGUUCUUUUUAUACUUUUCUUGCCUUGAUUCUCUUCUGCAGUGUUUGGGAACUUUUGCAUUGUCCUUUGUAUUCCUCAAGUUACAAUUGACAGGCUUUACCAAAGGAAGUUGGUCUUAAGUUUAAUCCGGGAAUCCAAGACCUGGCUAGAUUGUUUUAUGGUUGCUCGAAACUUUCCAUUGUUGUGUGAUGACAUAAUAUUGAAGGGAUUUGGACCCAGCAAAUGCUUGUUACAUGGUAUUAGAACCUUGUUUCAGUAA